CAAUAGGGCCCGUCACCACGUCUGGGAUGCUAGACCCACUGGUGAACGUCAAACAGGAGCCCACUAGUCCGACAGAAAGCACACUGCGACGACGAUUUACCCCCGACGAAGGGCAUCAGCCAAGUUCGCAAGACAACAGCCACCAGGACGUCAGACCUCGCGCACCAGCACCGUUGGCCGCCUCUCUGGAGCGACAUGACGAAAGCAGCGAGCAGGCGUCUGUGCAACUACCACCACUCGACGUUCUGGAACUGACGGUGCGACUGCUGCUUCCGCUGCGGCUGCCCAUGUCCCUGCUUAUGGGCUUGAUGAUGAUGUCCUUGCUUGCGGUGUACUAUCUGUACACCUACGUCAGCAAACCAUCAAAAAACUAGCCAUGCAGCGCCGCCUAAAUUUGAUAUUUGGCUGCAGUAGCGUGCGUAGACGUAGAUUCAUCCGCCCUCUCGUCCGUGCUUGGGGUAAUGACGUCAUUAUCAUAAAACAGGGCAGUUCAUUUGAAGCGAUGAUGUCCACUCAUGAAAUGUCAGCAGCCGCCACGUGCCAGCUGUCCCUACUUACGUCAGCGCCUGUCACUUAUGAUUAAAUGCUCCUUUAGUAAGAAACUG